UGGUGGACAGCAGAAUCAGAAGUGAACCUAAUUUCUCAUCCAUCCGAAUUUAUAAUAUUAGGAUCAUACAGAUCACAUGGAGAUGCAAGAUUCACGAGGGUAGUGGAGCACCAUCUGAGGGUAAUAAAAAUGACCCGUGAAGGACUUCACUAUGGGUAUGGGACAGUGCAAUCAUUAGUGGGAGGCUUCAGGGAGAAGGCUGUAGUGACGAGGGAUGCUGUGCUCCAAUGGUGGUGCCCACUAACAUGUUUGAAUGAAUCCCCUUUGUGUAAAGGGCAAACCAGCUAGCGCCUUUCGUGUUCAUCAUAAAGGGCAAAUCUAAAGCCAAAAAGGGUCUUCACUUUUUGACAAAAUGCUGCAGAUGUUGUUUAUGGGUAUGCUCAGAUCUCCAGCAAUGGAAAUGUACAAGGCUUAAUUGAGAAGGAGUCUUCAAAGUCGGGCGAGACGGUUACUUAUAAUAGGAGUCGUCUAAAACCCGUCUCUUUGGUCGUUUCUUUUUGGCCGCCAAUAGAGUUUUGUACUUUUCUCUAGAUAUAGGAUUAGGGUUGAGUUUUGGAUAGGGGAUUUGGUUCUGGGUGGUUUCAGUUUGGUCGAUUUCUUGUUAAUUUCUCGUGAACGAGGAGGAUUGUUACCAGUUAGAUUUCGUGAUCGAGGGUUGAUGGGGAGCAGUAGUUCAAAGAGGACUUCUUUCCGGUCUGCUUCUUCGUCGUCCAGGAGUAAUCACGGCGGCUAUUCGCAAUCGGAUUAUGGUCAAGAAUAUCAAAAUUAUCCGCCGCAACAGCCAUCAUAUCCGAGCUAUGCACCGCCACAGCAGCCAUAUCCGAGCUAUGCACCGCCGCAGCAGUAUCAGAGCCACGAGCCGCCGCAGCAAAACUAUUCCUCUUCUCAAGGUAACGGUGACAAUAGAAGAAGAUUGGAGAGAAUGUAUUCAAGAAUUGCUGAUGAUUAUCGUUCUUUGGAUGAGGUGACUGCAGCUCUUGCACGUGCUGGCCUUGAGUCUUCUAAUCUCAUUGUCGGUAUUGACUUCACAAAGAGCAAUGAGUGGACAGGUGCAAGGUCAUUCAAUAGACAAAGCUUGCAUCACGUUGGAGAUGGGCUGAAUCCCUAUCAACAAGCAAUAUCUAUCAUUGGGAAAACCCUAGCAGCUUUUGAUGAGGAUAACAUGAUUCCAUGUUUUGGAUUUGGAGAUGCAUCCACUCAUGAUCAAGAUGUCUUCAGUUUCUAUGAAGAUGAGAGAUUUUGUAAUGGAUUUGAGGAAGUGUUAAGCAGGUAUAGGGAAAUUGUCCCUCGUCUACGGCUUGCAGGACCGACAUCAUUUGCCCCCAUCAUUGAAAUGGCCAUGACUAUUGUCAAUCACAGUGGUGGCCAGUACCAUGUUCUAGUAAUAAUUGCUGAUGGGCAGGUAACAAGAAGUGUUGAUACUGCACAUGGCCAGCUAAGUCCACAGGAGCAGAAGACUGUUGAAGCAAUUGUAGAAGCAAGCAAGUUGCCCCUGUCAAUUAUUUUAGUUGGGGUUGGAGAUGGGCCCUGGGACAUGAUGAGGGAAUUUGAUGAUAACAUCCCUGCUCGGGCCUUUGAUAAUUUCCAGUUUGUGAAUUUUACAGAAAUUAUGUCAAAGAAUGUGGAUCUAUCUCGAAAAGAGACAGAAUUUGCUCUUGCAGCCUUGAUGGAAAUUCCUUCUCAGUAUAAGGCAACAAUAGAGCUUAAUAUCUUGGGUGGUCGAAAAGGGGAUGCUCCAGAGAGGGUUCCCCUCCCCACUCCCAUGUACUACGGUGCAACGUCUUUCUUUAAUAGCUCCAAACCUUCCCGCACAACCAGUUUCCAGCCUAGUGUGCCUCCUUAUCCUGAAGACAGCAGUCCUGUUGGCACAGCUCCUCCUGCUACAAGUUCUACAUUUGAUAACCAGCUUUGCCCCAUUUGCCUUACUAAUGUGAAGAAUAUGGCCUUUGGUUGUGGACAUCAGACUUGUUGUGAAUGUGGACCAGAUCUUGAGACGUGUCCAAUUUGCCGAAGCCCAAUCCAAACCAGAAUAAAGCUUUACUAAGCAGCAUCUCUGCCUUUUUUGGGACUUUUGUUUCCUGUUGGCCAAAAUUCUUUCUGUUUUCAAUUGGGUCGGUGAUAAUGUUGCUGUCAAUGUACACAUCUACUCUUGUCGUGUGUAUAUAGGAAGAAACGAAGUCACUAGCCUCUUGUACAUUUCUUUUAUUUGGGUUCUAUUCUUUGUUGUUACUAUUUAAAGGCCUUUGAUCCAAGAGUUUGCAUACAAACAAAAGCUACUCAAAAUGCAGAAAAUAAAGUUUGACCGAUGCAGAAUUACAAACAUUGAUUGAAACAUGCUACAAUUUCGUGUGUACAUACAUGUAUAUAUGACAUCUUUUGAUGGGGAUUUGCUUCCUGUAUGGCCCAUUGGUUGCGAUAUCUCAUUUACUUCCGUCAAGCCCUUUGGUGGGAUGUACCUCUCUAUGGUUACACAACAUUACUCCUGGCCCCAACCCUCACACUCGCAUUUAUACCUCGUUUGUUGAGCUGGAGGUUGUUAGCUGCAAAAUUUAAGACCUCUAGCAUUCACUGAAUCCAUCUAUAGAUGGGUUUUAAGCUUUAUGUGGUGCAUUUUGACAUGGUCAUUACUCACUAGGGACCCUCCUUUCGUCUAUCCUCGACCGCCUUUGUUGUUCAUGAAGGGACCAAGUUCACUCUCGGUACUCGAACCCCGUAUUAUAAAGAACACGAACUUAAUCAAACCUUUCUCGAAGAAUAUGAAUAAUUUCCUCCCACAUGUGACACCAACACACUUCGUUACAACGGAAAGGAAUUCUCACCUCCCUCUUUUUUGGUGACACAACAGUUGACACAUGCGUAAACGUAACUGCGGCCUCACACCCAACAUUCGCAGGACUUUAAUCUAUGAGUUUCUUUCGGCAAUGACCAUAACAUGCAGCUGUAACGUGUUGACAUAUUGUGGGUUGUCCAUGUAAUUUUCCGGAAGCUAAUUAAUUGGGUCUACAUUUUUGUUCAAGCUUGUGAAAAUGAUGUAUUGAAGUAAGUCAAAUCUCAACAUCCAACAGCCCAACUUUGAAAAUAAUGUCACUUGAGUUUCCCAACUGUUUGUACCCUCUGUCCCACAUGAAGAUUAUUUUUCUAGUUUUCAUUGAUCAAGAACCGAUCUAUUUUUAGUCUCGUCGAGUCUCUAGUUGAAGAUUACCUUGUAGGGACAAUGGUGACAGGUAGAGAUUGUGGAAGUGGCUGUGGAAUUACAUUGGUUGUGACAUGAACCCUUUACUUUGCCAUGGAUAACAACACCAACCAUAUUUUCUCAUAUUAAAUGCACUCAACAGCUUUGCCAAACAACCAGAUAUAUCAAGAUUCCUUGAACAUAGAGAAAGACAAUGCAUUUCUCUUCACAGAUCCAUCUGGGUUCUCCACUCUCUGCAUCUGAGACCCAGAUGGCUUCCCUGGGCAGAUUUUCCUACCAAAGGCUCAGAAAUGAAGGUGGGUAUGAUGAUGAUGAUUAUAAUAAAAGGAGAGUUAUUAUUAGGAGGGCAAAAAGCUGGUCCAGGUUCAGAAGGGUGUCCUUUAGGAAGAGAUUUAAACUCAAGAUCCCAAGCUUGAGGAGGUUCAUGAGGAGGAAAGCAAGGGAGGUCUCCCUUUCAUGGGCUAGGAUUUUGAAGAGACUGAAGGAAGGUCAGUCCCAUUUUGGUGAUCUUUUUGCUGGAAACUAUCUGUUUAUGCAGGUCACCCCUACCCCAAUGAAGUGCGUUGAGAAAUCUUGGAAGGGUCCUCCUCACCUUCAUGGCUAUCCUCUUCAGAGGAUUGCCUGACGUCUCCUCCUUGGAUUUAGUCUUGUUUUACAAUUAAUUAAUGCAUCUUUUAUAUUAAAUGUAUGUAGUUGAUGCAAAUAAUAUAAGAGAAAUGGUCCUUUAUGCUUUUUCCUUUGAGUUCAA